AGAUCAUCUGCGUUUUGAACCCGACGCUUCGUGUUCUGUUCAAACUUUCAAAACCCAUAGUUCAAUUAUUUAAGAGAGAAAAAAACAAGAGAUAUGGUACGACCAAGGGGUUGUCUGGUUUGAAAUCAGAAUUUUAAAAAAAUUGAACAAAUUAAAAAGAAAAGAAAAAUCUCGUUGUUGAGAAGAAGAACAUCUUCCCCACUCUCUCCCUUCUUCUUCUUCUUCUUCAACUCAAAAAACUUCUCUCUCUCUCUCUCUCUCUCUCUGAAUCAAUUAAAAAACGGUUUUGGGUUCUUGUCCUCUGUUCUCUAGUGGCUUCUAUUAUUCUCAUUGGUGGCUGUUCCAGCUCUCUUAAGGUCUCCUUAGUGUGAUCUCAGAUCUGAUUGGUCCGAUUCUAUUUUUCUUUUUAUUUUGGAGAUAAUUUGUUGUUGUGCAAGUUCAGACACGAGACCCAGAAAAUUUCAAUCUCAGCUUUCGUCAAUGUUGACCCACGACAGAGAUGAAGAACUCUCUCUGUUCCUUGAGAUGCGUCGUCGCGAGAAAGAACAUAGAGCAGAUUCUCUUUUAACAGGAUCUGAUAAUGUUAGUAUCAACGCAACGUUGACGGCUGCGGCGGCGGCUGCUCUCUCUGGUGUCUCCGAAACGGCGUCGUCUCAACGUUAUCCUCUCAGGAGAACCGCUGCUGAGAACUUUCUAUAUUCGGAGAAUGAGAAGUCUGAUUACGAUUGGCUGCUAACACCUCCAGGCACGCCACAGUUCGAGAAAGAGUCACAUAGAAGUGUAAUGAAUCAGCACGAUGCUCCCAAUUCCCGACCCACGGUUCUUAAAUCUCGGCUAGGGAACUGUCGUGAAGAUAUCGUCUCAGGGAACAAUAAUAAGCCCCAAACAAGCUCUUCCUCUGUAGCUGGACUCAGAAGACCAUCUUCUUCUGGUAGCUCAAGGUCAACGAGCAGACCUGCCACACCAACCAGAAGGUCUACAACUCCAACCACCUCCACAUCAAGGCCCGUGACCACCAGAGCUUCAAAUUCUAGAUCCUCAACACCCACCUCACGUGCCACCUUAACUGCUGCACGUGCUACUACAUCUACAGCAGCUCCACGAACCACUACUACUUCAAGCGGUUCAGCGAGAUCAGCUACUCCAACUCGGUCUAAUCCUCGACCGUCUUCUGCAUCUUCAAAAAAGCCAGUGUCAAGGCCAGCCACACCAACCCGCAGGCCUUCAACCCCGACCGGUCCAUCAAUAGUUUCGAGUAAGGCUCCGUCGCGAGGGACUUCUCCUUCUCCUACUGUGAAUUCGUUGAGUAAGGCUCCGUCCCGAGGGACUUCUCCUUCUCCUACUUUGAAUUCGUCGAGGCCGUGGAAACCACCAGAGAUGCCUGGUUUCUCUUUAGAAGCUCCACCGAAUCUGAGGACGACUUUAGCAGACAGACCGGUCUCAGCUUCAAGAGGCAGACCUGGAGUAGCCUCAGCACCAGGUUCAAGAUCUGGUUCCAUAGAACGCGGAGGUGGCCCCACCAGCGGCGGCAGCGGAAAUGCAAGAAGGCAAUCUUGUUCGCCGUCCAGAGGUCGGGCUCCUAUCGGGAACACCAACGGGAGUCUCACUGGUGUGCGUGGGCGAGCAAAGGCAAGCAACGGCGGAAGUGGCUGUGAUAACUUGAGCCCAGUGGCUAUGGGUAAUAAAAUGGUUGAGAGAGUGGUGAACAUGAGGAAACUAGGUCCACCGCGGCUAACCGAGAAUGGUGGUCGAGGAUCGGGGAAAUCUAGCUCAGCUUUUAACAGCCUUGGAUAUGGUAGAAACCUCUCCAAAAGCUCAAUCGAUAUGGCCAUAAGACAUAUGGAUAUAAGACGAGGCAUGACUGGAAACCUCCGGCCGCUUGUGACAAAAGUUCCGGCAUCAUCAAUGUACAGUGUGAGAAGUCGGCCGGGUAGUGUCUCAAGCUCUCCGGUGGCCACGAGCAGCACUGUGAGCUCAUCUGACCCGAGUGUUGACAACAUCAACAUUCUGUGCUUAGACGGAAACGAAGCCGAAAAUGAUGAUCUUCUUAGUGAAAGAAGCUAUGCUGCUUCUCCGCGGAACCAGUACCCCAAGUUCACAUCUUGACCCAUAUUAUUAUGUAAUCUGUGUUCUUGUUUUUUGUUCUCACGCUUCGAAGCAACUUGUUUCUAAGUGAUCAACCGUAUAAUCUAUAAACCUCAGGCAUCAAAUGUCUUUUUUCCUUCAUAAAUGUUCUCCCAAAGCAAUUGCUAAAUGCUGUGUCUGAUAUUUUAAACCAAGAUAUAGAACAAAGUGAGAAUCGAGA